AUGGGCCAGCUAGUCGAAGAGGCCCUGCCCCAUCCUGCUAUCGACGACCGCAUUGCAGCAGGGAUUGAAGAAGUCGAUUUCGAUUACGAUAGACUUGAUCAACUGACAAAUAUGGUACCUGGACAAGAGAUCAUGAGUAUAGUGGACAGAGCCACUUUGCCUGGUCAUUUGAAUGGACCCGUUGUCCAUUCGAUAAUCACCUCCAUGACCCGCCUGGAUCGAUAUUUUGAGCCAAAUGAGAAGCAGAUAAGUCUUCUCAUGCCACAUAUGCCUCAACCGGUAUCUUUGGGACUGUGGAAGGCUUCCGCAAAGAAUCGCGACUUAGUGGUCGAUCUUUUCUCAAAGAUCGGACAACACACAUCCGCAGAUGCAGGAAUGGUCAGUUCAAAUGCCGGAACGUCUCAACUCUCUGGGCAUCAUCCAAGCAAUAUCUCCCAAUGGGUACAAUCUCUGGAUGGUUUCAUUGAGUGGAUUCACGCCUUCCUAUGGUUCGAGGGCUCUGAGGACCUGGGAGACUUUGCCACCACGAUGAUCAACAAUUUCGUACGAUUUCGACAUGUUCUCGAAAGCAAAGCAACUUGCAGUGCGGAGGACGAGAAACUGAUGCCGCAAAUGCUCCCGUUGCUCAUUCGCCUAGUGGUUCUGUGCUACCAAGUUAAGAGACUUGUCAGUCUGGCCCACUUGAAUUUGAGCCUGUCACUGGAAAUUCAGGGUGUCUACGAUCAUCUGGUAGAUCGUGUUUUGUCGAUUUCUCUCGCCACAAAGUCGAUCAAACCCCUAUUCGACCACAUCCUUAGUCCAAUCAGACUUAAUUCACAAUCGACUAGGGAUGUCUCGAAUGAAGUCGAGACAAUCUUUGUUGUCCAUCAGCUCAGUGACCAUCACUUCUGGGACAAAUACUUGGAGAAACUCUUGUCUCGCCACAUUGAGCACGUCGAUAACCGUCCAGCGAUAAGACUUGUGUAUGCAAUCCUCAUCAAUGGUCUUGUUUGCCCAAUUCAAAAUUCGUUGCAAGAACAGAAGUCAGAGAAUGUCUCGGUAAUCACUCCAAACACGGCUGGCCUCACAGCUCUCCAAAAUGCUCUGUCCGAUUUUCUCAAACAGUUCUCGAACAUUGAAUUGCAGGUGGGUAAACCCAAGGCUAAGACCAAACAAACAAGUCACCUUCGACACUUGGCUAAAUUGGGAUCCUUUGUCUUUCGGUGGACGUUCGUGCUUUUUCAUGCCUUUGGACGCAGCUCAUGCGACCAGUUGAUCAAGAAGCUUCUCAAACAUUAUGGGGAUAGAAAUAUGCAGAACUUCUUUGCCGCAAAUGGCACAGCAGUCGAUACUCUCAAUCCUCCAUUCCUCGCCCAACAGGUUUCAGCGUCCCAGAUCGUUCUAGAGUCGGGUGAGCCUGACUUCCACAUCUUUCUGAAACUCAUUGCUCUGGCUCUGAGCUUUCAAUAUGCCGAUGUCAAUGAUCAUAAAGCCCUGAGAAAGCUUGUAUCGCGCAAGCAAUCCUUGAUCUUCAGCCUACUCCCGAAUAAUGUCUUCAAUGUUAACGAGGAGCAAUCGUUAACUUAUCAAGACCUAACCGCGAUGGCAAAUCGCUACAACCUCUUUUCAACGAUGUACCAUUAUGCUCCUCGAGGCCAUCGACCGCCAAUUACCAACAUUCAAAGCCUUGUUGCAUUCGAUGAAUCCCAUCAGGCAGUUUGUGAUCAAGUCCUGAAUUGUUGGGCAAAUAUAAGCCGGUCACUUGUCAUUCAGGGUGGCUCUGAUGAAGAGUACUCGGCUCUGGGUCAAUGGAUUCGGAAAAUGUUGUUACAGAUCACAGAAAAGUGGCGAUCAAUACCCCUCGGCCAUGGCGACGUCAGUGAUGAAGAAAAGCAAAUUCACCAAAUCAACCGCAAGAGUGCCAGCGUCCACAUCUGCAAGAUCAUUCAAACCUGGGUCAGGGCGAUUGACAUCUGUGUCAACGAACAGCAAGCCCGCCUCUUUGCCCUGGAAUUCCCUCUUACUGACAUCUGCGGACUUAUGGUUCAAAGCGGCAAUCAAUUGACGCCAGAGGAUGUGACCAUAGAAGUCUUCAAUAUCACUACUGCUUACUUGAAGAAAUCGCCCGAUGCCAGCAAGUCUCACCUCAAUCGAGAGUUGCACCCGAUUCUGCAAAACCUGAUCAGCAAUAUUUACAACUGUUCGCCGCGGCCCAAAGACGAAACCCUCAGAGCAAUGAUGGAGACAUGGUACCUUCUAGCAUCGUCGAUGGUUGAUGGGAAGUGUACCUUCUGGGACAGCUACAUAAGUCCAGCUUCCAUGUCCUCCUUCGACCAAAUGGGCCCCUCGGAUACAUCUCGAGAUUGCAACAUCCUCUUCCUUAGCAAGGCAUUGAUUCGACCGGAUUUUCUUGCAGAAAUCGAUCACUUGUAUGUGUUUCAACAAUGGCUUAAUGGAAUUCUCGGGGCAUCGAAUGAAGUCAAAUUCGAGACUUUGCUCACUUCGCGAUUGUUUCAAGUAGUGCCAUCCACUCUUGAUUUUGCCAGCUUGCAAGAAAAGCUGACAGAAACUGGAGUUGACAGUCAUCAUUUCACCAAGGAUAGCUUGAUCAACAGCCGGCUCAGUAUCACCCGACACAUCAUUCGCCAGAUAUACCAACUCUCGGUCAGCAGCAAUACUAGCACCUCCGGCAUGCUUUCUAAAUCCGAAGGACUUAGGCUACUGAGAGGCAUCCAAAAUACAAUGAGAAGAACUUGGGAGAAGCUUCCCGGCAAGGACAAACCAGAGUACACAAUCAUGAUCAAUAGUAUCGUUCUUGAAAUGUCGGCAUACAAGAUUCCUGGGUUUGAAUUGGAUCCUUUCUUCUCAUCGUCUGACCUUCUCGACCAGACAGAAAAGGGAUCUGCAGCAUGGGGUCUCUUCACAAGGCUGUUUGUUGCUGGGCAAGAUAUUACAGCCACGAGAAUCUCCAACAUUGCAAUAGAGGGAUUUCGAUCAGCUGUGGAAUCGAGUUGCGCUUACCAUAACACGGAGUGUCUAUUCUCGACCGGCAUUGAAUUGUUCGGUGCGACCAGACACGAUCAACUCGAUGGAAAUGAUGUCACGAGUAGGAACACCAAUAUCCCACUGUUCUUUCUGCAAACGGUAUUUCCGGAAUUCAUCUCUCGGGCUUUUGGGUCGAAUACCCCAGUACUGGCGCAAUCACUUCCAAUCAUUGACCUGAGCAAGCAUCUGAUGAACAACAUUCCAGAACGAGUCGACUUCGACAACAUCGAAGCAAUGCAAGGUCUCAGCCGAUGGAUCUCAAUGACUCUCCAUGCCGUCUUCCGCACUCUUUACCACCGUCCUUGCAACUUCGACGAUGCGUUCUCCCAAGACCAUCUCCUGGUUGCCCGCCUCGUCAACCUCGUCGCAUAUGCCGCCACUGCAUUCUCACUCCUCACUGAAUCCUUCCCCGAGUCCGAACAGAUACAACUUCUCAACCAACACUGCCAAACCUAUAUUUAUUGGGUAUACGAGUAUGUCUGCAGCGGGUACGGCAUUGCAUAUCAACCUCUCGAUACAGAAUUGCAAGAAAUAUACCCCGACUCGACAGAACGCGCGAUCAUGGGAUUCGGUCUCGACAUGCCAGGUACGGAAAGUGAUCCGUUUGCAUAUGAAGAAAUGGGUGAAUUGCGGGAAAAGGUCGGUGAUGACUUGUUGUUGUCGGCUCGGGCACAUUGGUUGCGCAGUAGAGUUGAUGAUCAAAGUGGACCGGUGUGGAUAUACACCAGGGCGCAAAGAGAUGGGGUUGUACCUUUGCAAUGUGGAUUUUCGAGACAUGAGGCGAAAGAGUUGGUUAAGGAUGCGGUUGGAGAGUUAGGGCAGGUUAUGUCCAUGCUGGGAUUGAGUCAGAUGUAGAGGCCGUGACUACGGACAAUGGUCAAUAUAUAGAAAACACAGUAUGUUUUAUACUGCGGGCUAGCGGAGGAGAAAGG